GGUGCCUCCGCUGCUCGGAUCACUCCACGUGGCACCGCGUCCCGCUUUUCCAAUCCCGCAUCGGCGGCUUUUACCCGUACUCCCUCUCUCCUCCUCCCUCCUCCUCCCUCCCUCCUUCGUCCUCUUUUCUUUCUCAAGUCUUCCGCUCUCUCUCGCCGGUCAGCUCUGUCUCUCUCUCUCUCUCUCUUCGCAGCAAUUCUUUCCUCCCCCCAUUUUCCCGUCGCCCCAAUAUUUUCCCGGAAAGUGACCGGCGAGCUUCCUCCCCGAGCACGUCUCCUCCGCUCCCCGCUCUCUUCGGCCGCGGAAAUCCGAAACGAGGCGCCGCCGGCGAGGAGCUCCCUUUCCUUCUUCCUCUUUCCCUUCCCCUUUUUACAUCCGCGCCGCGGUGUCGGUUUUCGCGAGCUCUCCCCCGUCCUUGGCGCCCGCGCGCUGGAAACCCUAAAGCCUUAUGCGGUUGCCACAUGCCUCGAUUCUUCUCUAGAGCGAAGCCGAUGGAGUCCGGGACGAAUCGGGGUUCGACGAGGAGGCGGCUCGAGCGCCGGAACGCGGCGAAGCACUACGACUACGACGCGUCCUCCUCGUCGUACUCGCCCUCCGACUCCUCGUCCUCGGCCUCGGCCUCGCGCCACACGCGGUCGCUGGACUUGUUCGAGCAGAAGAGCUUGCGGGUCGAGGGGGGCGAGGGCGAGAUCGAUCUGAUAUGCCGGAACCUGGGGCUGUCCGGGAUCGAUGACUUCGCUAUCCCGACGGCGGCGUGGGAGGCGAGGAAGAUCAGGUCGUCCUCCGAUGUCCUGCCGCGGUCGAGGCUGAACUGGAUGGAGAGUCCCAAGGAAGGAGGCGAAGAGAAGAAGGCUGCGGAGGUUGAAGCUGAGUUGCCGUCCGAUAGGGUCUUGACUGAAUUGACUUGGAUUGCUUCUGCUAAGUCGAAACAGCGCAGUGAAGUUGUUGAGGAUUCAGGGGACAGCCUUCGCGAGAGAUUUAGGGCGGAUGCGAUCCAGUCAAGUCAGGACAAGCUUGUUGUGUCGGGUAAAAUUUCCGUUGGGGUAAGAGAAUGUUGUGGUAUAAAGGGUGUUAGGCCGCCUAUGCUUAAGCCUCCACCCUCAAUGCGGCUUCCAGUAAUCGAUGAUGGUUGCUCGACAUGGGACUUGCUGAGGAAUUUUGCCCCUGUUGGCGAAGAGGGAGCUUCUAGCGUUGCUCGGGAACGGGUUCAUCCCUCCUCUGAUGAAGAAGACGAAGAUGCAGGAGAGCGGAAACAAGCGGUAGAUGAAGCAAUUAGGGUCGAGGUUGAGGAGGAGCAGGAAAAGGGAGUAAGGCUAGGGGAGACCGCAGUGCUAUCGUCGUCUUGCUCAUUUUCGACUUCGAAUGAUGAAGACUCCUCAAGUACUGCUACAACUACUCCGAUAAUUAUUUCACCAAGUGAGAGAUACAGACGAAUAAUCGAAAGUUGGGAUAAGGGUCAGCUUCUGGGCCGUGGGUCAUUUGGAUCAGUCUACGAAGGAAUAGCUGAUCAUGGCUUCUUUAUCGCUAUAAAGGAAGUCUCAUUGCUCGAUCAAGGAGAUAUGGGAAGGCAAAGUAUCUUGUAUUUGGAACAGGAGAUUGCUCUUCUAAGUCAGUUUGAACAUGAGAACAUAGUCCAGUAUUACGGCACGGCAAAGGAUGAUUCCAAUCUCUAUAUUUUUCUCGAGCUCAUGACGAAAGGUUCCCUUGCAAAUCUCUAUCAAACAUACCAUCUAAAAGAUUCUCAAGUUUCUUCAUACACAAGACAGAUCUUGAGCGGUCUAAAGUAUCUUCAUGAUCGCAAUGUGGUCCACAGGGACAUCAAAUGUGCAAACAUUUUGGUCGAUGCAAAUGGAAUGGUGAAACUUGCAGAUUUUGGAUUAGCAAAGGCAACCAAAUUAAAUGAUGUCAAAUCUUGCAAGGGCACUGCAUUCUGGAUGGCACCGGAGGUUGUAAAGGCCAAAAACCAUGGCUAUGGGCUUCCAGCUGAUAUAUGGAGCCUUGGGUGCACUGUCUUAGAGAUGCUGACCGGUCAGAUCCCAUAUUCUCCUUUGGAAUGGAUGCAAGCAUUGUUUCGGAUCGGAAAGGGUGAGCCACCACCGCUACCAGAUUCUUUAUCCAGAGAUGCUAGUGAUUUUAUCUUGCAAUGUUUACAAGUUAAUCCCGGCGAACGUCCCACUGCCGCUCAGCUUUUAGAUCACCCAUUUGUGAAGAGGCCAAUUCCCCCAUUAUCGGGCUCGGCAUCUCCUUAUCACCAUCUCGGUAGACGAGCAACUGCAUAAACCAAACCAAAUUCAUCUUUGCUUAUUCGUAGCGGUCAACUUCUCACAGCCUUGCUGCGGAUCUAGCUGUAGAUCUGUGAUUUAUAGAGGAGCAUGCAUUUGGUCCGUGCAAUUAGGUUCAGAAAUUCAUGCCUUGCAAAUAUGUCUAGUUUGAUUCCUAGGGUUAGAUUAAAUUUAAUUUUUGCUGUUGUUGUUCUCUCGAUUUCUUUUUCCACUGGUGAAACCCGAAGAUUGCGAGGGACAGGUAUUGCUGUUGCUGUUGUGGUGGUGAGAAAAUGAAAAGGGGAGGCAAAUGUACAUAUGUAUCUUUCAUGAAAUGCGUGUAUUUAGAUUGAGUGAAUUCAGGUCUCUGAUUCAGAGUUCGAUGGAUGUAUUCACUGGUUCAAUUAUUGGAGCAAAUGUGCCUUAACGGUAUAA